AUGGCAGAACUACAUAUUACCGGAGUCAGCACUGAUGUUGUGAAGGGCACCUGUAUCCGUAUGCGGGCUCUCAAAGACAACUGUCUCCACCUCUUUAGUUACAUAGAGACUAGUGUCUCGAAAACAAUUCCAUGUAACAUUUGCUUCCAUUCCCAGCCAAUUACACGCCGCUACAAGAGGUCUGUUGAGACAGGAAACAAAGCAAGGCAUUGGGUUGAACUAUAUCUCCACCCACGGAUCCCCCCUGACAAGCCUCCACUCCUAUGUACAUACAGAUUAUGUUCCUGGUCACCAUGGUUGAACGCAGACAAGUAAUUUCGAAUAGUUAGAACAGCUGCUGGAGGAUAUUGAGCCGGGAAAGGACAGCACGUUGAUGCUUCAUUCUCCCAAUCUGGGAAGACUUAUCAGCAACCUUGCUAUACCAGUGUCUUGCCACAUCUGCCCACACCUCUCUGCCGCGAAGGUAUCCUUAAAUCACGGAAAACUCUCAAAGUAAAAGAACCAUCAUGGAAUAGGCGGGGUAUAUAAAGGACAACACGGAGCUGACUCGGGUAGCCUGUGGUGCAAAAGUUCCACAAAGGAGUGUGUGGUUCUAGGGGCUGACAAGUUAUUGAAUGCGUUGACUGGUGCGGGCGUUGGUACUCCAUAAUGGCCAUGAGGCGUGCAUCGUCUUUGGGGACCAUCGCCGCGGCCCCGCCUCCGUGGCUCUUCAUCUUCUGCUGCGCUCACGCGGAACUUGUUCGGCCCUGCCCCAACUUUGUGCAAAGAUAAUCAUUUCCUGGAUUCCAGGAGUCGGAGGCGGUCUUGGAUGGCGUACUUCCACUCCUUCGAAACUUUAUAUAUAAAAAGGCAAAAUAGGAUUAUUAGCACAGCAAAGAAGCAGAGU